CAUGCGGAAAAAAACACUUGGAGUUCGGGGAGCGCAACUUUCAUCAACACUUCAACACCAUCCUUAUCUGCACAUUUUCAUAUUCAAAAUUAUCGUAUAACGAAUCACUUUUUGAAUUAAGAUUAUAUAUCAAAUCAAGUCUAUCGGGAUAUUCACAAAAUGGUUGACAAAACCAGCGCGGAUGCCAUCCAGCGUCAAAAGAAGAAGCACAAAGGAAAUGGUGAGCCUUCCAUCGAUGAUCAAGCCGGCGUUCAUCCUGAAUCGUCAUCGACGCAAGACAGAUCUACAUAUUCACACAAGAAAUCAAAGAAGAAAGACAGUCAAAAGUCGCAAUCUGACAUUGUAGAGCAUCCCGCUGAAAGCAGAAGCAACAAUGACGAAGAGCAAAGAAAGAAGAAGAAGAAAAAGAAGAACAAGGACAAGCAACAAUCAGAUAUUGACACAAGCGCAAUCGAUGCAUUAUUCACGCAGGACAAAGAGAAAUCCAAAAAACGAAAAGGCGAUGAAGAAGAUGUACCUCCAAAUAAUGUGCAAGAGCCCAACAGCUCCAGUCCUCAUAGCAAGAAGAGUAAAUCAAAUCCAACUACAGAAAAUGAUUCACAGGCUAGUCUCGAGGCCAUUACUCAAGACGAUACCUCUUCCAACUCCAAAGGUGCUGAUAAAGGUGAGAAAAAGAAGAAAAAGUCAAAGAAGAAUAAAAUCAAACAAGCCGAUCAAGCUCCGUCGAGCAGCGUAGCAGAAGGGUCUUCCUCUGCAAAUGGACACGAAGGACAAAAUGAAGAAACUGAUGGACAAAUAGAGACCGAUAACAAUCCACAAGAAAGUGAUGCAACGCCACAAAAAAAGAAUAAAGCAGAUGUACAAGACCGCUUAACUGCCCUGAUGAAGAAUGAGGAGUCAAAAGUUCGCGGUGUGGUCCAUCGUUCAAAUAAGCCCUCUAGCAGUCGCCAAACGACUCGUCAGACAGGAAGCAAUCGUAAGACAAACAAGGAAUACUUCUUGUCAACGCUCGAUAAAAGCUUGACGCACGAGGAUAUGCUGGCGAAAGAAUUGUUCUAUUAUAAUCAGCUCAGAUGGUUGGAGGAGGAGCGUGGUUUGAAGGUCAAGAAAGGUCCGUUUGACAAGAGUGAAGAGCAAAUCAUCAAAAAUGAACUAGAUGAAUGCAAGACGAAACUUAAUAUGGAUGACAAAACUUUCAACGAUUUCGUUCUUGAAAAACGUGAAGACUCAGAGCAAGCCAAAAAUUAUUCUAACCUUUGGCAAUCGAUGACGGCCAAAUUGGUGGGUCGUCCAAAUCGUUCUGUACGUACGCAUGUUCGUCGUAAUUUGACGAAUUACGUCUACAAGACAGGUCCAUGGACCGAAGAAGAACAGAGAAAGUUGGAGGAAGGUGUUAAAGAGCACGGUCUUACUUGGUCCAAGAUUUCAAAAGAGAUUAAUCGAUCUCCCGAGCACUGUCGUUUGCGCUGGCGCGAUUACAAGGGUGAUGGCAAAUUGCAGAGGCAGAAAGGAAAGUGGUCUACUCAAGAAGACGAAAAGCUACGCAAAGCAGUGGAAGAAUCGGAACAAGAGUUGCAGGUAAAAACUGUAGAUGAAGAGAAAGGAAAUGAGUUUUGGGAUCACGUUUGUGCAAAGAUGGAAGGUGCACGAAGUGGUCGCCAAUGUGAGUCACGCUGGAGGAUCAUGAACCCCAAAGAUGGUCAAAAUACUUUCUAUAGUCAGCCAACAGAUGGACCUAUCCUGCUUCACCUCCUGAGCGAGCAGGCAAACGAAGCUCGAAAUGAUAACUUCUCAGAUGUGAACCUGAAAAAGAUUAUAGAAAUUCAGCCAAACUGGACGGUGAAGAUCAUCAAGCGUGCAUGGAGAUCUAUGGUCGAUCGAUUUGUCGUCAAAAAGGGACAAGAAAAAGUAGAUCAUUAUCAAGAUUUCCGCAAUCGGUUGAGCAUCAUCAAAGAAUCUAUGCAAGGUUUAGAAAAGCAAAAAGUGACGGAGGAAUCGAAAAAGCGGAAAAGAAAACCAAGUAAGAGAGAUGAUGAAGAUUUGGUUGAAAGUGAUAACGAAGUCGAUCUUUUAACGAGAAAUGGCGAUGAAGAAGGCGCUGGUGGAUCCUCAGAAAAGACCAAAACUAAAAAGAAGAAGAGUGGAUCGAAGGAGAAGAGGAGAAAGAAGGGCGAAGAGAGUGAUGACUCAAUCGGUGGCGUAAGCGACUAGAGUAAUGAUAUCAUUCAAGCCAUCAAAAUUAUCUUUCAUUGAUACGGAACGACCCUGACCCCACCCUAAAGAUGUACAAUAUGAUACCUGCUGUUACCUGUUACUGCUUCUGUGCGUAAUUCAUACCAUCAAUCUUAUCGCUCUGAGGCAAAAGGUUGUACUCUAUGAAUUGCUAAAAAGAUGUGCUAGAUAUCUACUAAUGUACAUGUGUAUAUAUGAAACAGCAAAAUGAGUUGAGAUACGGUAGGUGAUCACAAAUUUAUGCUGAAACAAAAGAUUGACUCAACAACCCUUCAUCGAUUAUAAUCA